AUGCCCAAUCCCAAAAACAGUAAAGGCGGCCGCAAAAACAAGCGCGCCAACAGCAGCGGGGACGAGCAGGAAAAUGGAGCCGGGGCCCUGGCAGUGGCGGGCGCGGCGGGCGCGGCGGCCGGGGGGGCCCUGGCGGCGGCGGCCGGCUGCGGAGCAGCGGCGGCGGGCGCACCCGGCACCGGGGGCGCGGCGGGCGCGGGAGGCGCGGGGCCGGGCGCCGCCAACGCCGCGGCCGCCGCGGGGGCUGCAGCCGCGGGCGACGCCAAGAACGAAGCCCCUUGUGCAACGCCGCUGAUCUGCAGCUUCGGGAGGCCGGUGGACCUGGAGAAAGACGACUACCAGAAGGUGGUGUGCAACAACGAGCACUGCCCGCACAGCACCUGGAUGCACCUGCAGUGCUUCUACGAGUGGGAGAGCAGCAUCCUGGCCCAGUUCAACUGCAUCGGCCGGGCCCGGAGCUGGAACGAGAAGCAGUGCCGCCAGAACAUGUGGACCAAGAAGGGCUACGACCUGGCCUUCCGCUUCUGCUCCUGCCGCUGCGGCCAGGGCCACCUGAAGAAGGACACGGACUGGUACCAGGUGAAGCGGAUGCAGGAUGAGAAGAAGAAGAAGUCGGGGUCGGAGAAGAACACUGGGAGGCCCCCCGGCGAGGCGGUGGAGGAGGCCAAGAAGUGCCGGCCGCCCUCCAAGCCCCAGAAAGGCCUGAGCCACGACCUGCCGCGCCGGCACUCCAUGGACCGGCAGAACUCGCAGGAGAAGGGCGGUGCCGGGGCCGGCGCGGCAGUCUACGCGGCGCGCUCGCCCUGCGGCUCCCCGGGCCAGUCCCCGCCCACCGGCUACUCCAUCCUCUCCCCCGCCCACUUCAGCGGCCCCCGCUCCUCCAGGUACCUCGGGGAGUUCCUUAAGAACGCCAUCCACCUGGAGCCUCACAAAAAGGCCCUGGCCGCGGGCCACGUGUUCCGAAACGCCCACUUUGACUACAGUCCGGCGGGGUUGUCGGGUCAUAGAGGGGGCCACUUCGAUGCGCCGGUGCAGUUCCUCCGGCGCCUGGACCUGUCCGAGCUCCUGACUCACAUCCCCCGGCACAAGCUGAACACUUUCCACGUGCGGAUGGAGGACGAUGCCCAGAUGGGCCAGGGCGAGGACCUGCGCAAGUUCAUCCUGGCAGCCCUGAGCGCCAGCCACAGGAACGUGGUGAACUGCGCCCUGUGCCACCGGGCGCUCCCGGUGUUCGAGCAGUUCCCGCUGGUGGACGGAACUCUGUUCUUAAGCCCCUCGAGACACGAUGAGAUCGAAUACGAUGUUCCCUGUCACCUUCAAGGGAGGCUCAUGCACCUGUACGCGGUGUGUGUGGACUGCCUGGAAGGUGUUCACAAGAUCAUCUGCAUCAAGUGUAAGUCGCGGUGGGACGGCAGCUGGCACCAGCUGGGCACCAUGUACACCUACGACAUCCUGGCCGCCUCUCCGUGCUGUCAGGCCCGCCUGAACUGUAAGCACUGCGGGAAGCCGGUGAUCGACGUGCGGAUCGGCAUGCAGUACUUCUCCGAGUACAGCAACGUCCAGCAGUGUCCACACUGUGGCAACCUGGACUACCAUUUCGUGAAGCCAUUUUCCUCCUUCAAAGUUCUUGAAGCUUAUUGAUGAAAGCUUUGCUUUAGUAAUAGCUAUUUUAUUGAUAUUACUUUGUUACAUAUCUUUUCUAGGGAAGCCUUCUGUGACAUUCAUUUCUUUUCUAAUUGAAAGGAGAGUUCCUUUGUGUACGUGUGCCACUUAAAGGGGUCCUGCCCCUUGCCCUCUCUUGACCCCCAUGUGUUAGUCUGUGGUCAUGACCAGCACCCAGCCAGGUACUCCUGUGAGCUUGGGGGAAUGGUUCGCUAUCACUAAGAGUCUCUCAGGCAGCUUUUAGGGUGGUGGGGAGGAUGGGGUGAAUUUAGGAAAGGGAUUACAUGGUCAUAAACUGAGAGCAUGGAAGGAGUUGGGGAGAAACUCUUACUAAGAUGUUAACUGCCUACAGAUCCACUUUUAAGUCUUCUCUGGGCCUUGGGCAAAACAUGUGACAAGUGAAUGUAACCUGUGCCUGGAGAGCUGAUGGUGUGUUUGUCCACUUUGGUUUGGCAUUCUGCAGCACACACUGACCUGCAGCUUCCCCUCACUGGCAGAUCACUGGGAAGUGGACGUGAGCCCUGAUUCUGUCCCUGUUGUAUUCUAGCAGCCAGUUUUCAUACUGAAAAUAAUAUCCAAAUUAUAAGACAUGUGAAAACAAUGGGUGUUGCACAUAUUUUUAGGUAAAACUGACCCGUAACAAAGAGAAUAUGCUAAAAGAAUUUGGAAAUGGUGCAUACUGACUCAGAGGGCAAAAGGGCAGAACGCUGUCAUUUGAAUUGUAUCUUUGAGGUUGGUCAAACAAGCUUGUAAGGAGAAUUCCAUGAAUAACAUGAUUUGGGCGGUACUGAUUUAUAUAGGUUUACACUGUCGAAGUGUCAUUUGAUGUCAGAUUCUUCUCACAGGUAAAUCUCACAGCCACAGACCCUAACUGGUAAGUUUCACAAGCAAUCAUUGCCACACUUACCUUCUCCCCAAACUGCUUAUGGCUGCAUUUUACUCGGUUAGUGCUGAGUUUCCAAAAUCAAAGAUUUGACCUUUGGAAGGAAUGGAAAAAAAUUAUUUGUGAAGCUUUGAGGAAAAGAAUAAUUUUAGUAUUUCUUUUUGAAGUGUUUCAUUUUGGAAGAUCACCAAUUAUAAUGCAUAACAAUAUGUUUGAGGAUAGAUUAUUCUAAAGAUCUCCAUGAUAGCUUACCACUGUUGAAAAAGAUGGUAAUUUAUAGAACUUUGUUAGUGAGAGCAUUGAGCUUUCUAAAAUACAGCCUCUGUUUAGAGUUUCCUGAUUUAAAUAGACUGACACCCCUUAUCUUUAUAAAACUGGAAUUGGAAUAUGAUUUCUCAAAAAAUGAAUUUGGUAAUUUCAGCUAUAAUACACAUAUGUGUUAUAAGGAUGCUGAGAAUAUCCUUUUAUGGGUAACUAAAUUUGGGGUUAUGUGGAUAUUUUCUAUUAUUUAGUUUAUAUCAUUUCCCCCUCUCACCCCCAAGAAAAAACAGUUGUUUUUCCUCUCAGAAGUGUUUAGGCAUCAAUGCAAGUGAGUUUCAGUUCUGCUACAUGGAAUAUUUGAUUUUUUUUUGAAAGAACACAGCUGACUGUGAGAGUUUGACUAAUACUCUUCAUCUUUCGGUUUGGAUGAUGAUAAUUUGGCUGACCACAUCUAGUUUGCAUCUAGUUUGAUAUUUGAUGAUCUGAAGAAUAUUUCACAGUGGCGGGAAAUGCUCAACGCUCAUAAGACGCCGCAAGUUGUUAUUAGCCUGACAGUGUUUGAUGCAAGGAAAAGAGGUCUAUAGGACAUAGCCCUUGCAAAUCUGUCUUUAUUACACAAAACUGUAACUGAAUCAGCUGUUUCCCUAUUGAUUCUCUGUCAUGUACCAGGUCUAAAAAAUUGAGGAGUUUCUCUUGUCUUCAGCGUACCAUUGGAUUUUAUUUCUUAAUUUCAAAUGAGUAGUAAAAUAUUUGUAAUGCUGUUCUUUAACCCACCUAAAUUUCUAAAGAGAAACCUGCUUGUAUUGUUGUUCUGAAGCUUAAAAGCUUACAUGUAGAUCACCUACACGCCCCUCAGCCUAAAACCACUGCAAGUGUAGAUGUUUUCCCCUUACGUUGUUGUCUGCUCUCGGAGAAAUAAGUAUGAGGGAGUUUCACUGUAGUUGAAUAAAAUUUGCUUGUGGCCUUUAUUUUGAUGGCUCUGUUAGGAUUCUGUGGGUGCUAAAUUGAUAAUGCCUUUACGGCAUUGCAUUUUUGUCUAAAAUGGAAAAUUUGGCAGAUUUGAGAAUAAAAUACAAUUGAGUAUGCAACCAUGUGAAGAAUAAAUUUUAUUUUGGAAUCUGCUGACCUUAAUAUUUUCAUCAUACUUUCUAGAAGUACUUUGCUCUGAGUACCUUGAUAGGAAUUGGAAUGUACCACAAAAGAUGAUUAUUUUGAUUGAGUUCAGAUGUUAAAGAAUAUUAGUCAUCCAAGAGGUCCCUUUUCUGUUUUUCUAAUAGUGUUCAAAGACAUGAACCCACUUACAGGUAAUUUUUAUCUACUUUAACUUGUUUUAUCAUUAUUUUUAAGAGUUAGGAAGGAACGUCAGAAGGAAGGAAGGAACGUCGCUCAGUCGUGUCUGACUCUUUGUGACCCCGUGGACUGUAGCCUCCAGGCUCCUCUGUCCAUGGGAUUUUCCAGGCAGUAGUACUGGAGUGGAUUGCCAUUUCCUUCUCCAGCGGAUCUUCCUGACCCAGGGAUCGAACCCAGGUCUCCCCAUUGUAGACAGAUGCUUUACCGUCUGAGCCAUAAUAAGGCUCAGAGUUAAACCUUGAACAAAUAAAAUUACCUGCUUUAGUUUAGUGGGAUGACUAUUUCUGAUUGUAUUGUCGUCUUCUCUUCAGGCUAGCUCAGUUCUUCACUCUCUUCUGUUUUCUGGUUGCAUUUGAAGCAAUUGAUACACCUAUGGCCGUGAAGUUAGGGAGUGGGCUGAAUUAUCCCAUUGUAAUUAAGAAAGAGCUUUCUCCAAACAGAAUAUUCCUAGGUGUUUAAAUCCUAAAACUAACAGAUAAACUUUUAAUGUAACUUGUUAGAUCACCCAGACUAACUUGCUGAAAUCUUUCGUUUUGUCCCGUAAGAUCAGUGCUUAACAUGCAGUCUCUACUCCUGUGUUCGGGUCAGCCAGUCCAGUUUGCUCUUCUAUUUAGUCUCACGGUAGCAGCUGUUGGGUCACUGCAGUCAGAGGUUGGGGAGGAGGUGAGGAGAAAGUGCUCUUGUUCAGUGUUUUGGUUCCUGUAAAAGGAUGCUGCCUAACCCAACUCAUCUCUGUGUCCUGUUGACUUUAUUAUUAUUCCACAUCAUUGAAAGAAAACAUAAUGGAUGGGCGUCAUUAACACCAGCUCAAAAAUACAUUCUUGUCAGUAAAGAUUUCUUGUCAAGAUGUCUUGGAUUGCACUUUUGUUGAGAGAAGACAGUGUAAAUAGUUAAAGAAUGUUGAUAAAGUUGAAACAUUUGGAAUUGUGUGGUGUUAGAAGGUUUCUGUUUGUGAAAUGUAUGUAUUAAAAAUAAUAAAAUUUCAGA